AUGACUAAGACCAUUGCCUACGUACAGAUAUCCAUCGAAUUGAGGGAGAAUUACCGAGUCGAGCGACUUGACGAUGUGCGAAUCAUUCGCGACCGGCAAACGAAAAAAUCGAGACAGUUUGGGUUCCUCCGCUUUCCAACGAUUGAAGAUGCAGAGGACUUUAUGCACCGCAACUACCCAAGCAUUUAUCUCUAUGGCAAUGACGACGAUCGACAUAGCAGUGCAGAGGUAUCGAAAGUUCGACUGACCUUUUCCCGAGAGAGACGGGAUAAAACAUAUGAUGACAAUGAUUGGAUCUGUCCCAAUUGUAAGAUCAACAAUUAUGCAACAAGGCUCAAGUGCUUCCGCUGCCAAGCAUCCAAGACGGAUGCCGUGAGUGUCGCUAAAGCUGUCAAUGUUGGAGACAACGACGCUUCGCCCGACAAUACACCAUCACAAUUUCUCUUGGUCCGCGGACUGGAGGGGAGUGUGUCAGAAGAGCUCUUUGCCAAAGGCAAAGGCGCAAAAGUCGCGUCUACGACUGGCGACACCAAUUUAGGUGCACGCGAGGAGUUGGAGAUAUGCUUCGCCGAAUAUGCUACCAUCGAGGACGCACAAGCAGCCCUUGUCCGAUACAAUUCCUUCGAUCGGUUCACCAUCGCCUCCAAACACGUUAUGAUCAGCUACAUACAUGCAGGCGUCUUUGUGCCUAAGCUGAAUUCAACGACCAGCGAAGAACGUUUCCUCAUCAGCCCUAUCAACAAUCCGAGCCUCAAACUGGCAUACUGGGACGAAGAAGCUUAUGUGACGGAGCUUAUUGUCAAUGCUCCAGGUGCGGCUGAGCCUGAAACGCGAGGCCCGGAAGCUGCCAAAGCUAUUGGAACCGAUAGUCUCAAGUCUGCCGCCAAGGACGAGAAGGCUAGAAAGAGGAAGCUGUCGCUGAGAUUGUUCUGGAGCAACCGGCACGCGGAGUUGCAUGGCACCAAAAGCGAGAGUGCGAACGGCAACAGCGCUGCCGCCUCGGAGAACGGAGAGACAACAGCGUCACCCCCAGCAAUCGCUCCGACUCAAUCCUUCGCCGAUCCUAUUCGAUUCUGCUGCUACCUGUGUAUGCGUCAGUUCAAUAGCAUGGCAGAGGCAACCACGCACGAACGCGUUUCUGAACUCCACGGUGCUAACCUGAAGAACAAGAGCAAAGUUUUGAAAGCAUUGGGAAAGCUCGAGAAGCACGAUAUCCCGAUCGUCCCCUUCGAAGGCGAGUCGGAGUACCGUGAUCGUGCAAAAGAACGGCGUAAGAUUCACGGCGUUGUCAACAAGAAGGGCGAAAACGUCUCGUCCGGCAAGAAGCAGACUGGAGCUCGAAAAGGAACGACUGGGUCAGACUCGGAGGCUGCUACGCCUGCCAUGAGCAAGGGCGCGGCUUUGCUAUCGAAGAUGGGCUAUACUCCUGGUGCUGGUCUCGGUGCCAAAGGCAGUGAAGGUAUGACAGUGCCAAUAUCGCAAGAUGCCUAUGCUCCGGGUGUGGGAUUGGGCGCAGAAGGCGGGAAGCGAGGCGACGCGGUCGAGGAAGCACAGAGGAAUACCAAAGGCAAUGGAUUUGGCGAAUGGGUCCAGCAAGGUAAAGACCGGGCGCGGGAGAGAUACGAGCGGCUGGGUUGA